AUGAUAAGCGACUCGCCUGUCGUCAUGGGCGGAGCCGUGCGUCGGCCCAGUGCCAACGUCAAGACUCAGAACAGCAAGGUGGAUACCAAGGCCAAGGCCAACGGCAACGUCAACGACAACGUCAACGGCAAGGAGAGCACGUAUAAAGGCAAGGAGCACAACUGGGCGCUCCAGGCCUCCUCUCGAAUCAACCAGGACGGCGUCUGGCAACACGUCUUAACCAUCGGCAUCAUCUACCUCACUUACUGGAUCAACCAGCAGCCCGCCACAGGACGGUUCUACGACGCCCUCACAGCUAAAUAUGGCGCCUUCAACAUCAACAUGUGGGGCACAUGGAUCGUCUCCUCGGCAGUCUACUGGACCCUCGGACUUAUCUUCAUGGCCUUUGACAUGAACGACACCCUACACUCGUACGUCAAGCGGUUCAAGAUCCAGCCCGACCGCCGCGUCACCUGGGCCGAGUACCGCCAGGUCCUUGUCUGCGUGGUCAAGAACCAGAUCUUCGUCAACUUGCCUUUGAUUUACGGCGUCUCGCGCUGGGCCAUCCUCGAUACCUCCUCCAACUUGCCCGGAUGGUGGAAGACGUUUGGCGUGUACUUUGGGUGCAUGUUCUGCGAGGAGGCCGGCUUCUAUUUCGUCCAUCGCCUCGUACACCACCCCAAACUCUAUGCCAAGAUCCACAAGAUGCACCACCAGUUCACCGCGCCAGUCGCUUUCGCAAGCACGUACUGCACCCUGGCAGAGCAGGUCUUUAGCAACAUCGGGCCGAUCCUGAUCGGUAUUGUGAUUAUGCGGCCACACUGGUCGCUCAUGAUCCUCUUCUUCUGCUCGCUUGAGAUCGGGACGCUGUGCACCCACUCGGACUACAACAUCCCUGGACUGUACGAUGCGCUCAUCCACGACUGGCACCACUACGCGUUUACGGAGAACUUUGGCCCCACAGGCCUCCUCGACGACAUCCUCGGCACCAACAAGCAGUACAAGGUCUGGCUUGCAGAGCUGCGCCGCCGCGACGGCGAGGGAUGGAAGCACGCUGCGCGCACGGCUCUGGCCGAUGCCACGCAGUAG